UGUUUCAAUGUUAGUUGCUAACAGUUAACACACAUGAAGACCAACGAAUGUCGUAUUGAUCGACAAUAAAUGUAAGAUACCAAUCGACUCUUGACGACGUACGAACUACUUGUCACCGUUAGAUAACAGAUAUCUAAAUCGCAGAAUGGAAACUGUAUCUUUUCCGUGCUUUCCGUGUUUUAAUGGAGGAGGUUCAAAGACAAAAAACGAUGCUUUUGCCUUCUGCCUAGAAUGUAGUGAACAUCGUUGCAAGAAAUGUAAAGAAAUUCAUUCUAAAUUUCCGCAAUUGAAGUAUCACAGUAUUAUUCCGUGUUCCAAUAUUUCUUCUUUCCCUCAAGAGGUGAUAAACAGAACACACAAAUGUGAAUCACAUAGUACAGAAAAAGCGGAAUAUUAUUGUUCCUUUCAUUGUAAUGCUUUCUGUUUUGUCUGUUUGAUGGAGUUACACAGACAUUGUAGUUUUAAAAAGUUAUCGGAUGUUUCAAAAGGUGUCAAACUAUCUACUAGCUUCAAAGAAAUGCAGAAUCAAUUAGCUGUAAAAGGUGAAUCAAUGAAGCAUUUGCUUAACAACAAAGCAGAAAAUCUAAAUGAUAUUCUCCGUCAAAAGACAAAGCUCGAAACUGAAUUAUCUUCAUAUGUAAGCCGAAUCAAUAGCUAUAUGAACGAAUUAAUUAAAAAUGUAAAAACCGUUUAUGAAAAAGAAUUACAAAAGCUUCGAAAAGAUUUAGAACAACUUCGAAUACAAGAAAAAGGACUAUGUAAACAACGAGAUAAUCUAGAUAAUAUAGCUAAGUUUUGUUCCGAUAAUGUUACAUUUCUUUACAUUAAUGAAAUAGAGCAUGUGUUUCGACAAGAGAAAGAAACUCGAAAUACUGUGACAGAAACAACUCGUACAGAUUUAGCUAUAAACGGAAUAGAAGAAAUCAAGGCAUUCUUGAGAAAUGUUGAAAAAAUCAAAAUUGAACCCGUAAUGCAACAUAUUCCUGUCAACACUAUAACACUGUCUCCAGCAGCACAACAUACAAUACCAUUGGAAGCAAUGAAAUCAAUGACGGGUGAUAUAUUAACACUAAAUAAACAUAUAGAUAUUGCCAAAAAAGGUGUCAAAGAACCAGUAAUCAUAGAUUGUACUAUAUUUAAAAGUGGUCAGAUAAUAGCCAUUGAACAAAAACAUACAUGUCUUCUAGAGUUUACAACUAGUGGCAUGCUACGCCGUAAUGUCAAGAUAUCGUCACAAGCAUUAGGAAUAGCAGCAAUCGAUGAAAACGUAUUCGUACUUACCGAAAGCGGAAUGGAUACUGUUCAUAUAUACAAUAAACAAAGUAUGUCUUCAAUACGCGAAGUAUCCAUUAGAGACAACUGCAGUGGAAUUGCUAGAUAUUCUAAUAGUAAUUUUGUAGUUGGUUGCAAUGCUGGAGGUUUGAUGUUAAUCGGAACGUCUGGCGAUAAAGAGAAAAUGUUCCAUACAAAAGAAUUAUUGCAUUUAAACCAGAAGAUUUUUCUAACAGCGAAUGAGAAAAGCCAGGUAUUCUGUUCUUUGCCAAACAAAGAUACUAUUUUAUCAAUAGAUUAUAGAGGGAAUGUGCGAUUCUCAUUUCAAAGCGAAAAACUAAAAAGCCCAAGAGGACUUACAGGUGACGGGAACAGUAAUAUAUAUGUUUCUGGAUACGAAACAAACAAUAUUCUUUGGAUUAGUAAUGAUGGCAAAAAAUCAAAAGAAGUUCUCAAUUCUAAAAACGGAAUCCAAAGUCCUACAGGGAUUGAUUAUGAUAAAGUUCUAGAAAUUCUCGCAGUUUGCAAUUGCAACGGUAGUCAAAUGUCAAUAUAUAGUAUGAAAUGACAAUGUAUAAACCAUAUCUCUGUUUUUAAAAUAUUUGAUAUAUCAAAUUUAGAAUGUGAAUUUCUAUGCUAAAACGUUUCACUUGUCAUCUUGGUUAUUCCAAUUUUUUUUAGGGAAUAAAACGCAAGCCAAAAAGAAAACAAAGAACUGCGUGUUGUUUUACCGCUUUAUUUCAUUAAGGGGAACUAUUUCAAUAUUUAGAUAAGUAGAACAAACAAUUGUUUAACACAACGUUAACUCGGCUACCAAUCGUUUAUCAUAUGAAAUUUUGGUUUUGUUUCGAUAAAUUGUCAAACAGUUUGAUAAUUUGGGAUGAUAAUCAUCUCUUAAUUACUCCCAGACUAUGCCAGCUUCAGUGAAUAGGUUUUUGUUUCAGUUAAAAUUUAGUAUCAACGAUGCGUUGGUAAAGCUAUCAAUUCGAUAAUGCUCCGUCCAUUUCAUAAUUGUGUAAAAUGAUAGUUUUACAACUAUCUGAUACGAAGAGUUGAUUUCAAAGGGUUUUGACCUUUCGCCAUGUACAAUGAUCUUGGCGGUAGAUCAAAAAAGUUAUUUAAAAAUGGGAAAAACAUUU